GCACUUAUUCGCGUAUUACUCCUCAAUAAGCCCAAAAGAAAAAAACAUGUCAAUCGUAAUAUUUGUCCUGUAUUUUGGAAUAGCUGUGGCAGAUCUUCCCCAUCCGCUAUCCGAUGAAUACAUAGAACUUAUCAACGCCAAUCAGAAUACAUGGACCGCUGGCAGAAACUACCCUGAAGAUACUCCGAUGGAAUAUUUUACAUCACGCCUCGGUACGUUUUUGGACGACGAUAGUGACUUCCCGGCAAAUAUUUAUGAUCCUGAUUUCAUUGCCUCACUCCCUGAAAACUUUGACCCUAGAGAGAAAUGGCUAAACUGUCCAUCUUUGCAUGAAAUCAGAGACCAAGGCAACUGCGGAAGCUGUUGGGCCUUCGGCGCUGUAGAGGCAAUGACUGACAGAUGGUGCAUUCACUCAAAUGGCUCUCAGUUCCAUUUCUCUGCGCAGGACAUGAUCAACUGCGACAAGCAAUCCUCCGGUUGCGAUGGUGGUUUUUCCAGUAACGCUUGGACUUUCUGGAAUACCACUGGCGUAGUUUCAGGUGGUAACUAUGGAUCCAAUGAAGGUUGCGAACCGUACCUAAUACCUGAGAGCUAUUCUGACUCCACUUUCCAUGCUGAUAUAACUUGUGUCCAACAAUGCCGAGAUGGAUAUGGGAUCUCUUAUAAAGAUGACAAACGAUUUGGAUUAGAACCAUACAGAGUGGUAGGUGAGGAUAAUAUCAGAGCUGACUUAUACAAGAAAGGACCUCUGGAAGUCAGCUUCGUGGCUUGUCCAGAUUUACUGCACUACAAAAAGGGUGUGUAUAAGCUAAGUGUUCCUAUUAAUGAUCAAUGUGGAGGACAUGCCGUCAAGCUUAUGGGCUGGGGAGUAGAAAAUGGUACAAAGUACUGGUUGCUAGCAAACUCGUGGAACACCUACUGGGGAGAGCUGGGAGGAUUUUUCAAGUUUCUGCGUGGUGAAAAUCAUCUGGGUAUCGAAGAACAUGUCAUAGGCGGGCUGCCUAAAUUACAAUAAUACUAUGUCCUGACUUCUUCACUAUUGUUUAUUUUCAUGUCACGACGAUCGCAGUCAAACUUUAAUAAAAAUUUUGGAUCAUAAAUUUUCUACACCAAUAACUUUAUGUUAUUCAGAUUAAAUUGGUAUUCUAAACAAAUAUAUUGUGCUUAAAACAAAA